AUGCAUCCGAAGAUCUUGCUACCAACAGCAUCAAGCUCACAGUAUCUUUACAGCCAGCGCAAGCAAGCAGAGCGCGCCUCGAAGAUUGCUACCCUACCGAAACCCUACCUCUCUCCUCUGGCACCCGAAGAGCGGACCAUACUCGGCAAGCCGAUCCAGGAGCUCGUCCAAGAUGUCCAGAAGCAGAUCACCAGCCCCGUCGACGUCCUCCGCGCCUACGGCAAGGUCGCCAUCUCGGCGCAACACAAGACAAACUGCCUGACAGAGAUCCUGUUUCCCGAAGCCGAAGAAUGGAUAGAGCGGGGCGAGAUAAACCUGAAGGGACCACUUGCCGGCAUACCCGUCUCCCUCAAAGACUCGGUAGCCGUCGGCGGCUUCGACGUGAGCGUAGGCUACUCCUGCAACACCGGAAAGCCCUACCCAGUCGACGGCUCCAUGGUCCGCAUCCUCAAAGACGCCGGCGCCGUCCCCUUCGUCAAGACCAACCUCCCCAUCACCCUCCUCUCCUUUGAGUCCACCAACGACGUCUGGGGCCGGACAACCAACCCUCACAACCCCAAAUACUCCCCCGGCGGCUCCACAGGCGGCGAAGCAGCCCUCCUGGCAUUCGGAGGUAGUCGCAUAGGCAUCGGUAGUGACGUGGCAGGCUCAGUCCGCGCGCCCGCCCACUUCUCUGGCUGCUACUCCCUGCGCUGCUCAACGGGGCGCUGGCCAAAAAUGGGCAUGAACACCAGCAUGCCCGGGCAGGAAGGCAUCCCGAGCGUCUUCAGCCCCAUGGCGAGGACCCUGAACGACCUGACCUACUUCACGUCCAGUUUCGUCGGCAUGGAACCCUGGAAGUACGACCAUAGUGUCCACCCUAUACGCUGGCGCAGCGAUGUCACAGAAGAAUACCGCACCAAGCCCAGGUUCCGCAUCGGCGUCAUGCGCACCGACGGCGUCGUGGACCCGUCCCCGGCCUGCGAACGUGCGCUGCAGAACACGGUCAAGGCGCUGACGGUUGAGGGGCAUGAAUGCUUCGACGUUACGCCGCCGUCGCCCUACGAGGCGCUUGUCAUCGGUUCCCAGCUCCUCAACGCGGACGGCUGCCGCACAUUCCGCUCCUUCUUCCGCGCCGGCGAGUGGGAGGACCCCGGGGCAAGGCAGAUGAGCUUCUAUAUGGCGCUGCCGCGGCCGUUCAGGUGGAUCCACUACUUGUGGGUCAAGUACGUUCGCAAGGACGACGUCUGGGCAGGGCUCCUCAAGGAGUUCUCGGAGAAGAGCGCGUUUGAGCAGUGGAGACUCGUUGCCAGGCGGGAGGCGUACAAGGCGCGCUGGCAUGAUUGGUGGCGCGAGGAAGCGAAGAUGGAUUUCAUGCUUACGGUGCCGAAUGCGACGCCGGCUGUGCCGCAUGGAGGGAUGAAAGAGGCGGUUAGCAGCUGCGGGUAUACGUUUCUGUUCAAUUUGCUCGAUUACACCUGCGGCAUCAUACCCGUGACGCACGUAGAUAGAGUCCUGGAUAUGCUGCCGCCAAGCUUCUCUGUGGAGAAGCUGAACGGGGUUGCACAGGGCGCAUAUGAGUACUACGACGCCAUCAAGAUGGAGGGACUGCCCGUCGGUGUUCAGGUCGUGGGACAGCGGCUGCAGGAGGAAAAGGUGCUCGCGAUCAUGGAGAGGGUAGAAGAUGCGCUGGAGAAGCAUGGCGGGAAGUACGAGUUGCUGGAGGUUGAGUAG